UUAUAGCUUUCAAGACUCUAAUGAGCGUAGCAAAGCGAUUACGGGUUCUUUUGGUUUUACCCCGAUCUCACAGGAAUAGAGGGCUUAUCGCAUUCUCGUGCUCAAGGGUUCUUAACAAACUUGAUUUCAAUAAACAUUUUACAGGAUUUAGUGUGUUAUGUGUGCUAAACUCAACCAUUUGACACUCUAAGUUGUUAUUAACUCACUUGUGAUAAACAAACAAAUCGUUGACUGAGGGCCAUUUUUCACGAAUGUGAGCGAGUGUAUUGAUUCGUUGUGUAACGCGCUGUGAAGAGGUGUAUUCACGAUAAAGCGUGGAGGAAGUCGAUCUUACCUGCAAACACACCAAAGCCCAACUAGCUGACAGGACGCGUUCGACGCCAGUCCGCCAUAACCACCCCCACGAACAGUUAGUAAAAGACGUUACGUAUCAUAAAGAGGUUAACUAGGGAUGAGCUCCGACUUGCGAUCAUCGUCCUUCACGAUUGAUAACAUUCUGCGACCAGAUAGCCCCGAAGAGCCGCAGGAGCCGCGAUCAGCCGCGAGAGCACUCACCCUGGCUGAGAGACUAGCAGACAUCAUACUCGAGGUGCAUUAUGGUUCGUCACGUGCCAAGCACAGGCGCACGCGCACUGCGUUCACACAUCAGCAGCUUCAGAUCCUUGAGAGUACGUUCAGUAAAACACAUUACCCGGAUGUAGUGAUGAGGGAGCAACUCGCUGCUUAUAUCAACAUCCCCGAGUCCAGAAUACAGGUUUGGUUCAAAAACAGACGAGCAAAAUAUCGCAAGCAAGUUAAGGAUGGAGACGAGCCAGCGGUUUCCAGCAAACCUUACGAUAGCACGUACAUUCCCUUGGAUCCCACAUGGAUCGGCCGAGGCUACCCUACUCUUACUUCACCACACUACGCAAGCACUGCGCAUGCGCACAUGCACUUACCGUGGCCACUGUGUCCGUACAGCGGCUCUACCUCGUGCGCAUGCUUCGAUUCCCAGAUAGCUACUGCGCCUGCUCAACACUGGGCGAUACCGCAACUUUGCUCGCAGGCUUCUAAGACCCCUUCGCCUCCUUUAGAGAGCCCAAAUCAUGUAAAAGCUUCUAGGGACUUAGAGCAAUAGAUUAAAGGACAAUUGAAAAAAAAAGUAAUCUCAAAAAACCUCUUCUAAUCCCUUAAUUAUGAGUAACCUCUGUGAGGGAGUAGAUCUAUGUCGUCAUGGCAACUGGGCAUUAUUGUAGGAGAAUGUACAGACUAUCAUAAGAUUCCUUACGACGGGAUUCACACCUCUUGGACGUGAAACAAACUAUUGUAAAUAUGUGAAUAGAUUUCUUGUCAUAGGGUAAUUUUCAUUCGCCUCACUAGCAUUUUGCUUAUAGUAUUGUAAAGCGUAUCAAUAAAAUAAUGCACAACUCUAA